GUUUAAACCCCCUUAAAGAGGCCCCAAUCAGUAGGAUUUAAACGCAGAUGAUCUAUAUCAAACUUUAACUAAAUUUAAAAAGAAUUAUUUUGAUUGGAAGUCUCUCGUCUCGAACCCUCGAUCCCCGAGACUUUGCACACUUAGCAACCAAGGUCAAAGCCAUGCCGUCCAGUUCUGCUUCAGAGAAGGGUCGUGAGAACAAAAUUUACCGCACCCCUCCCACUCCACCCCCUGACGCUCAGUUAGAGAAGGAGAAGGGUUUUGUUCUGGACUGUGGCGCUGUCAGCAGUAUUUCUAACGACUACUCCAAGACUAACCCUAAACUAGGACCCGUUAUUCCCCCCUAUAACUCACAGAAAGACAAACAUGUGGAUGAGUACUUCGAGUUCAUUGGAGUUAAUGAGACACUUGAAAAAACAGCUCAGAACGAGGGUGGUACCUCCAUUGAGGGACCAGUAGCCGACUACUUCCACGAAAAGGGCACAGGAUUUCAGUACCUUUCACUCAGGAACCAAUUUGGUGCUGGUCAUUCGGGAGAGACUACGGACGGCCACGCCCAGUUCAUGCAAGGAGUCCAGCCCGUGAUUGGUUACAACGGAAAGUUCGGGUAUCGUCGUAACACCCCGUGGCUUCGGCAAAAACCGUCACCUUUCGGAACCGGAAGUCGAUCAGCUACCCAUUGAUCGCAGUCUUGCUAAUGAAAUCUGUGAUAUACUUAUAAACCUGUGUAUAUAAAAGUCAUAUCAUCACUGCAUUAUAAUGUUCGUGGAUCUUAACGAAAAGCACAUUUCUUGUUGAAUGUAUUUGAUAUACUUGUGUUUGUUUGCUAUUUUGUCAAAACUUUUGUGAAAUGUGUAAAAGUGAUAAACGUUGCAAUUUUUAUUUUUGCGAAGAUUAAAAUCGUAAAUAUGUAAAGGAAUUAAACCGUUGUGAUGUUCUCUCAACCUUGACUACUUAAGAUUAUUAUUUACAUACAGUGUUCUCAAAUGAAUGCUGAAAACAAGAUAUGAUUAUCCAUGCAGAUUACUAAAUUUUUAAUGUGUUUAUUAAAAGAAAAGAGGAAAAUCCUAAGUUUGAAUAUUUGUCAUUACUUUUUUGUAACAGAAAUUUGAUUUUUGAAUUGUU